ACCCUCGCUCCCUCUCCCCAAAACCCUUUCCUUGUUGGCGGGAUUGCGACCAGAAGCCAUCGCCGGAGUUUCUUCGACAGAUUCUGCGAUGGCCUUCAGGCACAGCUUGUCUAUAAGGUCGACACUUAGUGCUCGUCGUUACCAGCUAUCUCCUAGUUGCAUUAUUACUCAUGAUAAUGAUCAUGAUUUGGAUUUGUCCUGUCAAACGCAAUCUCAAAGAAGUUACCACAGCUUUCUUCAUCAAAGAUCCUCUAACCACUCGGUUUCCUCACAAAUGUCAAGGGGAUGUUCACAUUUUUCUCUGUUUCCUACAUCUGGUUCCGCUUUCUACCGCUAUAUGUCUAGUGCACCUGGGGCUGGCUCAGACAUCGCUGAUGUCUUAACCGAUUCAGCCUUGCAAGCUGUGGCUUCUCAGACUGUUGUUGUCAGUGAAGUUGCUAAUGCGGCUAAAGAUUCUUUCUUUCCCAUUGCUGCUCUUCAGCAUUUCAUUGGCAUGGUGCAUUCUUUCACGGGCCUUGAUUGGUGGUUAUCCAUUGUUCUUGCAACUCUUCUGAUCCGAACAAUGAUGGUUCCACUCUUGAUUGAUCAGCUCAAAACAACUACACAGUGUGCGCUACUGAGGCCACAGUUGGAGGCAGUCCAGAGGGACAUGCAGAAUGAGCGAAUGGACCCAACUGCGGCUGCGGAUGGUGAAAAACAAAUGAAGGCUUUGAUGAAAGAAUAUGGUGUCAGUUCAUUCACUCCAAUGAAAGGGCUCUUUAUUCUCUUAAUUCAGGGCCCUUUGUUUGUCUGCUUCUUCCUUGCAAUUAGAAAUAUGGCAGAGAAAGUACCUUCUUUCCAGACAGGCGGGGCGCUUUGGUUCACUGAUCUCACAACUCCCGAUAGCUUGUACAUCUUCCCAGUCCUGACAGGGUUGUCCUUUUUGAUAGCCGUUGAGUGUAAUUCACAAGAAGGCACGGAAUGGAAUACGAUGGCUGGAGCAGUAAAAAACUUUUACCGGGCUUUUGCAGUUCUCACGGUCCCACUGACGAUGAGUUUCCCGAAGGCCAUAUUUUUCUACUGGAUUACAUCCAACCUGUUCUCCCUCAUUUACGAUCUUUUUACGGAUCUCAAACACUAUGAUAUCUUCAUCUCUUCGAUAAUGGAAUUCUUUUCGCAGUGAUUAAGCGUCCGCAAGUGAAGAAAGUGUUGGGCGUUCCCGAACUGCCUCCACCCGAGCCGGGAAGUGCCCCUUCUUUUAACCUCUCUGAUGCACAUAAGAAACUAAAGGAGAUCACUCAGAAAGCACCCGACUCUUCGCCAGGAAAAACUACGCUUAAUCAGAGGGUGAAGGCCCUAGAGAGACAAGUCAAGAAGAGGAAGAAGAACAAGAGGAGAUGAGUUCCCUCGUCGAGAGCUGCCAAAAGAAUGAUACAGCGAUCGUUUUUACCUAUCUAAAAUAAAGAUGGAUAGGGAUUGCAAGUUUUUUUUUAUGUGUCGGACCCGAACCUCAACCUUUUCUCGCGUCUUCCAAACAAGACCUCGAUGAAUGAAGAGGACAAGGCCGUGAUAGAACGACGAAAAAAGAGGUGGUCGGAAAAAAUAUAGGGUGAGGUCGCCAUCGUCGGUAUCUGAAAAGAUGAAUAUGAACUAGCGAAUACUUACGGAGACCCGUCUCAUGAUAUCAUCCACAGACAAAGAGCAAUACAGCACACUACAAUACUCCAAGUCCUGUGUUUUCUGGUCACCAAAUACAAAUAACCAAGUCUCUGAUACUUCCACACACAUUUUUGGCAGCAACACAAAAAGCCACUGAAGGAGAGAA